UUUAAUCUCCUUUGAAAUAGAAAAUCACUGAAAGAAGACCAUAAUAAAGUGGUCUUUUCCGGAUUCUGCUCUGGUCAGGAAAAUUAUAACUGCAUUUCAAAGGUGGGGGGUCCGAGUUAAUUGGUUCUUGCAAGACAUCUCGCCAGUUACGUGAGUAGUUGUUUGCAUCAAGUCUAGAUUUAAGUGAAAUAUACACUUCAACAUGUCGAGGCCACUGGAUUACGAGAAUUUGAAUGAAAAUGUUAAGAAAUGUCAGUAUGCUGUUCGAGGUGAGCUGUAUCUUCGGGCUUCUGAGCUUCAGAAGGAGGGUAAAAAGAUUAUCUUCACAAAUGUUGGCAACCCUCAUGCCUUAGGGCAAAAGCCUCUGACUUUUCCUCGACAGGUGGUUGCUCUCUGCCAAGCUCCAUUUCUGCUGGAUGAUCCUAAUGUGGAACUUGUAUUUCCUGCCGAUGCUAUAGCAAGAGCUAAACAUUAUCUUUCACUGACAUCAGGGGGUCUUGGUAAUGUAACUCACUAUCUCAUUCUGUUUUUUGAGAAAAUCGCCACAUACUUUAAACUUCCCAGUGGUUACAUUCAGCAACUACUCAGGAACCUUGUUCUGAUGGACAUGGGAGGAAACAUAAGCAAGGAGCUCCAGCUCGUUUCUUUUCACACUGUUUCCAAAGGUUAUUGGGGUGAAUGUGGGCAACGCGGUGGAUACUUUGAGAUGACCAAUAUUCCUCCAAAGACAGCUGAAGAGAUAUACAAGGUUACUUGUACUUCACACAGUCCAAAUGUCCCUGGGCAGAUCUUUUUAGGGCUUAUGGUCAAUCCUCCUAAACCUGGAGAUAUAUCUUAUGAAAGAUUUGUUAGAGAGAGCAAAGGAAUCCUCGAGUCACUGAGGAGGAGAGCACAAAUAGUGACAGAUGGAUUCAAUAGCUGUAGAAAUGUGAUCUGCAAUUUUACAGAAGGUGCCAUGUAUUCCUUCCCACAAAUACGCUUACCUCCUAAAGCAAUAGAGGCUGCAAAAAAUGCCGGCAAAGUUCCCGAUGUUUUCUAUUGUCUCAAGCUUCUAGAAGCCACGGGCAUUUCCACUGUCCCAGGUUCAGGAUUUGGUCAAAAGGAAGGGGUUUUCCACCUGAGGACAACAAUCUUGCCGGCUGAGGAAGACAUGCCGGCCAUAAUGGCCAGUUUCAAGAAAUUCAAUGACGAUUUCAUGGAACAAUACGAAGACUACGGAGGCUAUUUGAGGAUGUAAAAAUGUGGUCGGACAUCUACCGUAUAUCGUCUUUUGCUGUUUAGAACCUAAAAGGAUUUUACAUCUGUUCAAAAAUAUUUACUACAGUUUGCCCUAUGCUCGAGACUUUAUAUGAGCAUAUUUAUUCUCUCAUUUAGUCUUAUUUGUUAUUUGGUCACUUCA